CCUUCCUCCUCCUCUUUUUCCUCCUCUUCUUUUCCAUCUCUCUCCUUCCCUUCUUUUUUGUCGCCUCUUUGCGCAUUUAUCGGGAGGCACUGUUGAGGCUCCAUAAGCAGCUCCUCUCCCUCCUUUUUGGGGGUCCCUGGACGUCCAAUCACAGAGGGUCUCCCCACCAAAGGGUCCUGGUUUGGGGGGGACCCCCAAAACCCAAAGCCAGGAUGGACUUCCAGACCAAGAUCAGCACCAGGACCAGCACCCCUUCUCCAGCAACAUCUGGGACCUCUGCCUUCGACCUCCAGUUCCUGCGCUCUCUCUUUGGGGUCCUGAUGGUGGUAGAAAUCGUUCUGGGCUGCUUGGUGUGGGCCUUGAUCGCAGACACAUACUACCAGCCCUAUCCUUCCUAUGGCUGGGUGAUGUUCGUGGCCAUCUUCUUCUGGCUGGUGACCGUCAUCAUCUUCGGCAUGUAUCUCUUGAAGCUCCAGGCCAAGCUCUACAUGAUCCCUUGGCCACUUGUGCUUCUCGUCUUCAAUGUUUCGGCGGCCGUCUUGUACGCAACUGCCUUCUUCACGAGCGCAGCAUCCGUGGAACCGUUCUCCUGGCCGCACUCGCCAGACUACAACAGAAGAGCGUCAGCAUCGUUCUUUGCUGCUCUGGUGAUGAUCGGCUACGCCGUCAGCGCCUGCCUCAGCAUCCGUUCCUGGAAAGCAUACAGGAGCAGCGCGGGUGCCGGCCAAGCGACGGUGCCCAAUCAUGCCUGAAAACUGUGGGUCAUCUUGCAUCAAUGUGGCUCAGUGGCAUGUCGCCGUGGCCUUUGGGUGCUUAGCUCUUCCUCUCCUCUCCUUCCCACGGCUUCUCCAUCCCAGCUUUUGGCAUGCUCCACACUAAGGAUGCUGUUCUAACCCAACCUAUAGCCUUUGCCCUCUUUGCCCUUGCAAGGCCUUGUCGAGCCAUGGGACAGAGGGCUGUUGCCAGGCCAGAAAGAGGUGACCAGGGCUGGUUUGCAAGAGCACUAAAAACACAUCUCAAAAUGCCAACGUCUUACUAAACAAAGUGCUUUCCGGUGGAGGAGGUUCUUUAUGUAUCAACAAGAAUCCGUGCCAUGGAUGGCAAGGCAGUGAUGGAAAUGUAUGUGCAUACCAAGUUCUGACAACCACUGGUCCCAAGUAACAACAUCUGUAUGUCAAGAAGCAACACUAGUUCGACGGGCAAUAUGUGCACAAGAAGCAACACUAGUUCGACGGGCAAUAUGUGCACAAGAAGCAACACUAGUU